AUGAAAGACGUUGACAACGAAAAUUACAGAUUAGGGACUCGCCCCAAAGCGGGGAGGUUGGUUGGAGCUCCUGGGAGGAGGUUGCACAGCCCUGAUGCGGCCUUAGGAGUCAAACUGCUCAACGUCUCCCUUGCCGAACUUGCGGUGCACUAUUACGAAACACAGGUUUUCCUCCAGGAUGUCAUCGAGCACGUGUCAUCUGCUUUUUCUGUCCAGCCACAAAGGGUUGUGCCUUUGCAGUUGAGGCCUGAUGACCGCGAACCAACGAGGUGCACAAUUUUGACAUUCACGAUCCGAGGCAUCCCAUUUCAUGACCUCUCGGGGCAAAUGCGAGAAAUGUUCGAACAAUCCAAAACUGCAUUUGGAGAAUGGCGCUUCGGAGACAGAAAGGUGCCCCUGGAACCGAUAGUCCUUGGUUUACCAGGUGUGCUCAACGACGUACCUCUCCAAACGGCCCCAACAGUAUGGCAGCGCCCAGGCCUUGAUGCAGAAUGGGAACAGGAGGCAGAGUUGUGGGUAAAACUCCGUAAUUUCAAGUGGAUGGAAGAGCUGAAAAGUAAUUUACACCACUUUGAACGCCGGCUGAUAGCGCUCCGCGGUGCAGUUGCUUCAACAAUGAAGGUGAAAGACCCUCGAGUUCUUCAGGUGGCUAGGUACUACACAAGUUCCGACGGGACAAUUGUCAUAAUGACCUCGACGGAGGUUGUAUUCCACUCGCUGCUGCAGCCAAGGCCAAAGCCAACAGAAAAGAUUGCGCUGCUACCAAUAAGGGCGGUCCACAGCAAACAAGAGGCAAAGCGUCAACCUCGCCCACCAAAAGGAAGGGAUAUGCCGGGUCAUGAGAAGUGA